CGCAUCAUGGAGCGUUGGCAGGGUCGUGUGGCUCUCGUUACCGGGGCUUCUACGGGGAUCGGAGCAGAACUUUGCCGAGCCUUGGUGCGACACGGCCUGGUGGUUGUGGGAUGCGCCAGAAGCGUGGAUAAAAUCAAAGCAAUCGCGGAAGAAGAAGCAAUGAAGACUUCGUCAGGGAAAUUGAUCGACAUCAAAUGUGAUUUGACGAAGGAAUCUGAUAUCCUGUCGAUGUUCAAGGAGAUCCGCCAGACAUGCGGUCGAGUGGACAUCUGCAUCAACAAUGCAGGACUCACUGACAAUUCUCCACUGCUAACGGGGAGCUCGUCGGAAUUCAGAAACAUGCUGGACGUGAAUGUAAUGGCCCUGUGCAUCUGUACUCAACAAGCUGUUCAACUGAUGCAAGAGAAUGAAGUAGAAGACGGUCAGAUCAUACACAUCAGCAGCAUUCUUAGCUAUAAAACAUCAGUACAAGAUCCAGGAAUCCACUUCUACCUUGCUACGAAACACAUGAUUCGAGCUCUCACGGAAGGACUUAGGAAAGAGCUGAAAGCCGGUAAAAGCCGUAUAAAAGUAAUGUGCGUCAGCCCUGGUAUUGUAGAGACACAGUGUUUGGUGAACUACUGGAAGAAGGAUCCAAUGAAAGACCCGAACAGUUACCUAAAAACUUUUAAACCUCUGCAACCCAAGGAUAUCGCCGACAGUGUCCUCUACGCACUCAGUGCACCUGCUCAUGUUGAAAUCAAUGAUAUUCUAAUACAACCCAUGGAACGUUCAUUCCUUUGAAAUUUGUUUUGAUUCACAAAUAAAAUAUUUACUCAAUUCA